CGAUCUCUGACUUGGGUGUUUUUCAACGAAUCAUUUAGGUAUGCGAUAGUGGAGGAACUUGCAGGUUUCGGGGCAAGAGUCCAUACUUGUGCCAGAAAUCAGUCUCUGCUUGACCAAUGCUUACGCGAAUGGCAAACAAAGGGCUUUCAAGUUACCGGUUCAGUCUGUGAUGUGUCCUCUCGCCCCGAGAGAGAGAAACUGAUGCAGACUGUCUCCUCUGCGUUCGACGGGAAACUCAACAUCCUCAUAAACAACGUUGGCACAAGUAUCGUAAAGCCGACGACUGAAUACACUGCAGAAGAUUUCUCUUUUCACAUUACCACAAAUCUCGAGUCGGCUUACCAUUUAUCCCAGCUGGCACAUCCUUUGGUCAAGGCCACGGGAUUCGGAAACAUUGUGUUCAUCUCCUCUAUUGCAGGGAUUGUCUCUACAAGCGUUGGAUCCAUCUAUAAUGCAACAAAAGGAGCUAUUAACCAGUUAGCGAGAAAUCUCCAAAAUGUUUCUGAAACUAAUGUGAGGGCGUCCAAUGAUUUCGGAGUUGUUACAUCCUCUGCUUCCAGCCGGCCAACAGCCACACCUUACAACAGACGGCCGGCCGAGCAGCAAGCAGCUCAACGAAUUCUACAAGAGAAUCAAUAUCCCAGAAAUAGAAAAAAAACGUUCAAAAAUCCGAAAUCCGAGCUUAGGCAGCAGAAACAUAAAACUCAAGAGGCAGGGUUUUGCAGCUUUGAAAUAUCUUACCUUUUGAAGAAUUCCGGGCUUAAAACGUUAUAG